AUGCCAAGCCAACAGAAGAAAGUCAUUUUCUGCACGGCUGGGACCUUAAGCUUUCUGUGUGCCCUCGGAGUCGUUGCAGCCCUGGGGACACCUCUGUGGAUCGAAGCCACCUUUCUCUGCACAACUGGGGCUCAGCUCGUCAACGCCUCAGGGCAGGAGCUGGGCAAGUUCAUGGGGGAAAUUCAGUACGGGCUUUUCCAUGGACAGGGCGUGAGGCAGUGUGGCCUGGGAAAAAGGCCCUUUCGGUUCUCAUUUUUCCCAGAUUUGCUCAAAGCUAUCCCAGUCAGUAUUCACGUCAAUGUCAUCCUCUUCUCCACGAUCCUUAUCGUUUUAACCCUGGUGGGGACAGCCUUCUUCAUGUACAAUGCUUUUGGUAAGCCCUUUGAAACUCUGCAUGGUCCACUGGGGUUGUAUCUCUUGAGCUUCAUUUCAGCCAAGCUCUGGGUGAGGCCAGCAACGGUGCAUCAAAGCUAUGGCUCCUGUGGCUGUCUUGUCAUGAUAUUGUUUGCUUCUGAAGUGAAAAUCCACCACCUCUCAGAAAAAAUUGCAAAUUAUAAGGAGGGGACUUACGCCUACAAAACACAAAGUGAAAAAUAUACCACCUCCUUCUGGGUGGUUUUCAUUUGCUUUUUUGUUCAUUUUCUGAAUGGGCUUCUAAUACGACUUGCUGGAUUUCAGUUCCCUUUUGCGAAAUCUAAAGACACGGAAACAACUAAUGUAGCCUCAGACCUAAUGUACUGA